GGCAUGUGAGAGAGGCUUCUGGAUCAGUGGGAACCAGCCCCAUAAAGAACACAGUGCUGAGAAACCCUUGAUGUGCAUGGAGGGUGAGAAGGAUAUCCUGGAAGUCCGUGACCUCUUCCAGCACCAGGCCACCUCCAGUGGGAUUAAGCUACAGAGGAGCACUGAGCACAGGGCAGCCUUCCCAUCCAGCUCCAAUCUCAGGCAGCAGCAGGGAGACUUUGAUGUACAGAAGCCCUUCAAGUGCAGCAAAUGUGGGAAAACCUUCCUGAAAGCCUUUGCACUCCUCGACCACCUGCUAAAUCAGGCAGAAGAGAGACACUUAAGGUGCCCCACAGGUGGAAAUGCCCCCAGGGAGAAUUCAACACAUGUUAAUCAUGAACAAUUUCACAUUGGAGAAACAUCCCAUGUGUGUACGGGAUGUGGGAAGGCCUUUAGCCAUCAGUUUCAACUGAGGACACAUCAGAAAGUUCACACUGGAAAAACACAUCACAAUUGCAGGGACUGUGGGAAAGUCUUCACCCGCAAACACUCACUCAUUCAGCACCAGAGAGUUCACACUGGAGAAAGGCCUUAUGAGUGUCACCAGUGUGGGAAGGCCUUCACUCGUAGCUUCCAUGUUAGUCGGCACCAAAAAGUUCACAACACAGAAAGGCCUUUUGAGUGUAGACAGUGCCGGAGAGUCUUUAGUUGUAUCUCUAACUUUGUUGAGCACCAGAAAAUACACACAGGAGAAAGGCCUUAUGAGUGCAACGAAUGUGGAAAAGCCUUCAUUAACAACUCCCAUCUUGCUCGGCACCAAAAAGUUCAUAACACAGAAAGGCCUUUUGAGUGUAGCCAAUGUGGGAAAGCCUUCCGGCAAACCUCCAAACUUGUUCUUCAUCAAAGGAGUCAUACUGGAGAAAGACCUUAUAAGUGCAACCAAUGUGGGAAAGCCUUCAGUUGCCUCUCCAACCUCGUUCCACACCAGCGAAUCCAUACUGGAGAAAAGCCUUAUGAAUGCUCAGAAUGUGGCAAAGCCUUCAGUCAAAGCUCUGCGCUCAUUCAGCACCAGAAGGUUCACACUAGAGAAAGACCUUAUGAAUGCAGUGAAUGUGGGAAAGCCUUCAGCUAUAGCUCUAACCUUGUUAAGCACCGGAAAGUUCACACUGGAAAAAGGCCUUAUGAAUGCAGCCAGUGUGGGAAAGCGUUCAGUGAAAGCUCCAUCCUCAUUCAGCACCAGAGAGUUCAUACUGGGGAAAAACCUUAUGAGUGCAACAAAUGUGGAAAAGUUUUUCGCUACAGUUCUAACCUUUCUAAGCACCAGAAAAGUCACACUAGAAAAGAGCUUUCUAAGUGCAGUAGACACGGGAACACCUUCAGCCAAAAUCCCAGCCUCAUUCAGCACCAGAAAGGUCACACAAGAGAAAGGCCUUAGGGUUGUGAGUAAUGUGGGAAAGCACUUAGCUGGGGCCUUCUCCUUGUUCACCACAAAAGGAUUCGCUCAUGAGAAAACUUCUGUGAGAGGUUUUGGAAGGAAGCCAUCAGUUGAAAUUUGAAAUUUGCACAUCCCAGCACUCCUCCUGGGGGAGAUUACCUGUGAGUGCCAGAUUUGUGGGACACUUUCAGGAGCUAUGUUACACUCUAACCUGUCCAGGCCCUUUGUCAGAUAAUGCCACUGCCAGAUGGCAUCUCACCUCUACCAGCUGGUAGGCCUCUACAGAG